GCCGAUUAGUGCCGGCGCCGUUGUGGCCAUGAUGCAUGGCGUACCACGCGCGAUGCCGCCUGUUUCGCAGCAGUGCCGGGCGGAACCGCUCCGGACUGCGUAGCUGAAGACUGGCUCCGUAUCUCCCCUCCAUCCUAGCUAUCGCUAUAUCGCUAGCAGUGCGAAGAAUUAGGAAUCACUAGACCCUACUCGGUAUCGCGAACCGAUCGAUCCCCUUACACUCGCCAGCGCGUCAUGGAGACCCGGAUCAGAUAUAUUAGACGGCCACCGACAUCAUGUUUUUCCAUUUGCUCUCCUUACAGCGUCCCCUGCGCGACAGAGGCAAGAGCCAACUCCCAAGAUGGCCGUUCCCGACGCUCCCAACGUUUCCGUAGAUGAGGCUGCAGUGCCUGGCACUGUCCGGCUAGUUGAUCUUCACCACGAGCUCCACGGCGUCAGUGAGCGCGGAGUUAUCAUUCUCGUACCUCAGCCCACCUCCGACCCCGAGGAUCCCCUUAACUGGUCGCCAUGGAGAAAGCGUCGUGCCAUGUACCUGACGCAUCUGUAUACCUUCGUUAUCGCUUGGGCCUCGGCAGCUAUCUACUCGAUCCUCGUCAACAUCUCCCAAGAUACCGGUCUCUCCGUUGCGACGCUGAACUCCGGGUCCGGUACCAUGCUUCUGUUUUUCGGCUGGGGCGCGCUGCUUGCCCAGCCUAUCGCCUUGACCUUCGGACGCCGUGGAACCUCGCUGCUGUCUUUGCUCUUUACUGUGGCCAUUUCCGCCUGGACAGCAUAUGCGCCGAGUUAUGCGGCCUGGGUUUCUACACGUGUGCUCCUCGGUCUGGUCGGAUCGCCAAUCGAAGUUGUACCUGAGAUCAUUGUGACAGACCUGUAUUUCAACCACGAGCGGGGCCACCACAUUGGGAUCUACAUGCUUAUGCUCACUGGAGGCAAUUAUUUGUGCGCCGUCUUCUCUGGCCUCAUCAAUGACAGUAUGGAUUGGCAAUGGGUUAUGUACUGGUGCGCCAUCAUCAACGCUAUCGCCUUCGUCCUCUUCUUCUUCGGCUUUGAAGAGACAAUGUACUACCGCAACACCGGCUUCGAGGCCGCCCGUAGCGAUUCCAGCACAGAUAUCGGUACCUUGGCCCCUGCCUCAACCUCUGCCUCGGUGUCCGAAAAGGACGUUGGAAAGGCCCCUGGCGCUGCCCAAGAGACGGUCGCAAACGCAAGACGCGAGCCCGUUUACCCUAAACCUCGGUCCUACUGGCGGAAGCUCGGUCUCUUCCGCGUCAUUCCCGAGAAGCCCAAUCAGUUUUUGGCGUAUAUGUACUUGCCGCUAAAGAAUUUCUACACAUACCCUCUCGUCCUAUGGGCCUCUUUUUUCCACGGAAUUGCAGUCGUGUGCUUCAAUGCGUUGAACGCAACAGCAUCUGUCAUACUGUCCAGUCCGCCGUAUAGUUUCAAGAGUUCUUACGUGGGGUUGGCAUAUAUCGGGCCAACAAUCGGCGCGAUCGUCGGUGCUGUGUGGUCAGGAGUAAUCAACGACAAGAUCUGUCUUGCUUUAGCUCGCAGAAAUAAACAUGGACUGCGAGAGGCAGAGCAUAGAUUGUACGCCGCCGUCAUUAUGUGCAUCAUCCCACCUGUCGGCUUCAUCGUGUGGGGCGUUGGCGCAUCACAAGGUAUCCAUUGGAUUGGACUUGUAUUUGGGAUGUCUAUGCUUGGCUUCGCUCUGACUGCUGGUGGUGGUCUGAUGAUCAACUACAUUACCGAUUGCUACAAGGAGCUGCAAGGCAGCACCAUGUCUUCGCUGAACGUGAUGCGCUGCACCAUGGCGUUUGGAUUCGGAUAUGCGGUGACCCCCUGGUGGGAGGCAACCGGCACUCAGAACACAUUUAUAACGUGGUCGCUGAUGAGCUUCGCACUCUUCGCGACGUUUAUCCCCAUGAUUAUCUGGGGGAAGCAGCUCAGAGCCAGGAGCACCCACGCUUAUUGGACGGAGGUAAAGUCGGGGUUAGCAUCGUAUCAUUGAGAGGGCGCGCGAUGCACAUGAGCGGCACGACCACGCAUGCCACCAGCCCUGUGGGGGCAUACAUAUGUCGACGCGGAGCCCCCACAAUGAUCGACAUGCAUUAUGAGUAUUGUCGUUCAGAUAUAUAUACAUAUGUGGUAGGUACCUACGACAAAAUACUGUCAUUUCAGCACUUGCAAACGCCAAUAGAUACGCCUCAUCUGACACUUGUUAAAUAAUCCGAAUCCCUCAUACUACUUAAGGC